AUGCAGGAAGCUGUAGCCGACCAUGACAGAAAGCUCAAGGAACUAAUUGACCGCUGCAGAGCUAAACAUAUCAAGCUUAACCCAAACAAGAUUGAGUUGAAGAAGACCUCAAUGCCAUACAUUGGCCACAUUCUUACCUAUGACGGUGUCCAAGCGGAUCCUGCUAAAGUACAAGCCAUACUAGAAAUGAAGCAACCCACAUACGUAGCUGCAGUCAGAAGAAUUCUCGGAACAGUUAAUUAUCUUGCCAAGUUCCUUCCCCACCUCUCACAAGUAUCUGAACCACUACGACAACUCACAAAAAAGAAUCAACCUUUCGAUUGGGACAAAUCGCAUGACGCCGCUUUCACCCAAAUAAAGAAAUGGAUCACAGAACCGCCAGUCCUCAAGUACUACGAGUCGACCAAACCCCUGAUAAUACAGUGUGACGCUAGCGACCACGGCCUGGGGGCCGCACUCAUUCAAGAGGGAAAGCCUGUCGCAUUUGCAAGCCGAGCAUUGACACACGCGGAGAUACAAUACGCUCAGAUAGAAAAGGAACU